AUGGCAUCCACCACCGUCAAAGACACCGCCAGCAAAACCGCCGUAUCUGCCCAGAAUGCCGCCACAGCCGCCAUUGAAGACCCCUCAGGAUUCCUGCACCACCCCUACACCCGCGCCGCCCUCCCCUUCAUCAACGGCGGCCUCGCCGGCAUGACCGCAACAGCCGUGAUCCAACCCGUAGACAUGGUGAAGGUACGCCUGCAACUGGCCGGCGAGGGCGCACGCACAGGACCCAAGCCCUCCGCCCUCGGAGUCACGCGCGACAUCAUCGCAGCAGGCAAAGUCCUCGACCUCUACACCGGUCUCUCAGCCGGCCUCCUCCGUCAAGUCUUCUACACGACCGCGCGACUGGGCUUCUUCGAGACCUUCAUGAAGAACCUCAACGCGAAAGCCAAAGCCCAAGACUCGCAAGUGACAUUCGCACAGCGCGCAGCCGCAGGGCUGAGCGCCGGCGGGAUCGCUGCCAUGAUUGGAAACCCGGCCGACUUGGCGCUCAUCCGCAUGCAGUCUGAUGGUCUGAAAGCCCCCGAGGCUCGCGCGAACUAUCGGGGCGUCUUCGAUGCGCUGGGCCGCAUUGCUCGCGCGGAAGGCGUCGCUGGCUUGUGGGCUGGGGCUACGCCGACAGUUGUGCGCGCCAUGGCGCUGAAUAUGGGACAAUUGACUUUCUUCUCGGAGGCGAAGUCGCAGCUCAAGCAGCACACUACUUUGUCUACUCAAACGCAGACUUUUGCUGCAUCUGCGAUCGCCGGUUUCUUUGCUAGUUUCCUCUCGCUGCCGUUCGAUUUUAUCAAGACGCGUCUGCAGAAGCAGCAGAAAGAUCCUAAGACGGGUGUCUUGCCUUACAAGGGAUUGAUGGAUUGUGCGCGCAAGGUUGUCAAGGAGGAGGGAUGGUUGCGCUUUUACCGGGGCUUCGGCACUUACUAUGUGCGGAUCGCUCCUCAUGCCAUGGUCACUCUCAUCGUGGCGGAUUAUCUCAACCUCAUCACCAAGUAA